GGGAGCAACAGACACAUUUCAGUUUUCUUCCAAGAACGUUGGGGAUAUUGCAGCCAUCUGUGUUGGUCAUUGCCCAAAAGAUGGGAAGAAGUCAUCUGCAAAAGCUGAUGUCUUCUGGCACGUUCAAGAGAUUAUCGUAAUGGAGAUGGAGCUUUGCAACAAAUACUUUUUCAAGUGCAAUGCAAAAAUCCCUCUGCAUUACAAGAGACGGGACUACAAAGUCUUUGAGUGUGCCAAGGUCACCGAGAGCUUUGCUAGCAAAGCCCGGAGCUUGGUGCCAGUCAAAUACGAGACCAUCGUCGUCACAGGCUUCGAAAAGGGCGCGGGGACCGACGCCAAUGUGUUCAUCACCAUCUUCGGGUUGAAUGGGGACUCAGGAAAGCGGGCGCUGAAGCAGAAAUUCAGGAACCUCUUUGAGCGGGGUAAAACCAACAGGUUUUACCUGGAAACGCUGGACAUGGGAGAGCUAAAAAAAGUCCGGAUUGAGCAUGACAAUAGCGGUCUGGCACCGGGCUGGCUGGUGGAGAGGGUGGAGAUCACCAACUCGGCGACCGGCGUGACCACCAUAUUUCCCUGUGGGAAGUGGCUGGAUGAAAACCGGGGCGAUGGGUUAAUCUGGAGGGAGCUUUUUCCUAG